GCAUUCGCCUGUGUUCGCCUAUCAAACGCAAAGGAACAAAUAAAUAAAUAAAUAACGCAGUGGGAAGCACUUACUUCGACUACCAUCAUAGUUGCAGUUUCCAUCUUCAUCUAAAAUGUCCGUUACGAGAACAGAGCCUGGUAAUGAGCCACAGGUGAUCGAAUCAUCCCCAGAUUCUGAGAUCCAAGAUUCCGGGGCCCAACAUUCCGAGGCCCAAGAUUCUGGGGCCCAAGGUUCCGGCUGUGUAUCUAGAUAUUUCAAGGUCAUUAAAGACAAAGUCAAGAAAACCAUUCCAGGCCUAAUCACUAACAACAAGACCACUUUGACGAACCUGGUAAUUUCACAAGCAGUGCUUGGGCUUCAAUUUCUACUGAAUGCCGAAGUCUUUGACUGCCCCUUGGAGAAUCAUCAGAUUUAUGGCCGCUUCUGGUUGUACGGUCCAGCCACUAUUAUUUUCUUCCUCAACAUGCUACUCAUCGGAGACUUUAGAGCCUUACCGAAAUCCUCCACGGCCCUAGCUCUGACGUCCAUGCUCCAUCACUGGACGCGCGCAACUGAUGGCACGGGAUAUGCAGUCAGUGUGGUCCUGUUUUACUACCGCAAAGCUUUUGACUACAUUGACCAUCAACUGCUCACUCAUAAAAUUUACAGUCUUGAUAUCCCUCGGGGUGUAGCACGUUGGGUAGUCGACUCCUUAGUGCAUCGCUACCAACACGUAAAAUUAUCUGCUGAUUGUUUCGCUGAGUGGGGCCCCGUACCAGCUGAUGUACCUCAGGGGACAAAAUUGGGGCCAUGGCUCUUCUUGCUAAUGAUAAAUGAUCUAAGAAUUCCCCAGGUUCAAACUUGGAAGAACGUUGAUGACACGACGGUGGCAGAGAUCCUCCCGCGUAACGCAUUAGGUGACGCCCAAACCGCUGUUAAAGUGGUGGAGGAUUGGUGCAAAGGACAGAAGAUGCAGCUUAACGCUGACAAAUGCAAAGUUAUGGUCACCGACUACAAAAGGCAGAAACACCAUUUCACUCCCCUCUUGGUAGAUGGCAAAGAAUUAGAGACGGUAGAGUCGGCUAGGAUCCUAGGCGUGACUAUUUCGUGUAACCUUAGGGGAGAGGAGUUGCAGUUUCCAUUUUCAUCUAAAAUGUCCGCUGCGGGAACAGAGCCUGGUAAUGAGACACACGUGAUCGAACCAUCCCCAGAUUCUGGGGCCCAAGAUUCCGGGGCCCAAGAUUCCGGGGCCCAAGAUUCUGGGGCUCAAGGUUCCAGCCGUGUAUCUAGAUAUUUCAAGGUCGUUAAAGACAAAAUCAAGAAAACGCUCUCGCCUGACGAAGAAACAACCAUUCUAGGCCUAAUCACCAACAACAAGACGACUUUGACGAACCUGGUAAUUUCACUAGCAGUGCUUGGCCUUCAAUUUCUACUGAAUGCCGAAGUCUUUGACUGUCCCUUGGAGAAUCAUCAGAUUUAUGGCCGCUUCUGGUUGUACGGUCCAGCCACGAUUAUUUUCUUCCUCAACAUGCUACUCAUCGGAGACGUCUGGGAACUCUCUGACAGGUGUCUGGUGGCAGAUUAUUAUCAUUUUGGGUUCUUCUGUGGACGCACCUUUCCCAGCAUAGUCAAGGCACUGGUGGGGGCGUCUGUAUGGUUGUGCGUGGCAUUUUUACAAAAAGAUUACUACAUUUGCGGCGAGGUAGGGCCGGAUAUCCGCAAGAGAAACGUAACUGAUCCAGAGGAGCUCAAAAAGUACGACUUGGCAGUAGAGACCGCUGGGGCCCAAUCACAAAUUUACGCCUGGGUAGUUUUCCUUGUCAUGGCUUUUUUCGCUACUGUGGUGGUCAUCAAUAAGAAUUGCAUACUCAAAGACCAAGAUAUCCUACACGACAUAAGCGCCUUUGAAGAACGGGAGGCGAAAUGGGCUAUUAAGACUUUUAAUGAGUUCACUUGGGGUUUGCGCCGUGAAGAAGACCUCAGUGAAGACCACGACAAACAGGGAAGUAGCACAGCAGACAACAAAAGCAAAAGAAAAGGCUACGACCAGUUGGGAAAAGAAAUAGAGAAAGAGUUUAAGAUUCCACUCUAUCCCGACGGAAUUCCGGAGAAAUGUUCCGAAAAAAUGGUCACAGAGAUGUUCAAAGACUGGAAAGAUGAAAAACCAAACUGGCAUUACCGUGAUGCUUACGACGAUUUCGUUAAGCUCUAUCCCAGAGCUGCUAGUGGCAAUCCUGGAAAAAGGUGGAGCACGACACAUUUAUCGGCGCAAUUUGCGAAAAAAGCGGGCUCAGGGAACAAUAGAAAUAUCAAGUUGCCAAUCGACCGAGGAGAUAGCGGAAGCGCACGUUUCCAAAUGCAGAAUUUGACAGUCCAAAGUGACAAAGCUGACGUUUCGAAGGAGGGACACCAGGAAACUACAAGUUUAAUCGCAGCUAAUUAAUUUGAGCUAAGUUUCUGAUUUCUUAGAAUGCAGAAACUAAGGAAUGGCCACUCCUAGAAACAUAUUGUGGCCGUGUUAACGGAACUUGGGAACGGUAAUUUAAAGGAGUAGGAAUACGCGCAAACAUCAGGCCUUUGCGAGUUAGUUCGCUUUUGAGAGCGUAUCAGUGAGGAAGGAGUUGUUAUAGAAACCGUAUAAAUUCUAUCUCCACCAUUAACAAAUAUGUAUGAAGUAAUGACACUUACGUUAAGCUUAAAAUUCCAAAGAGUGGCUCAACCCUUUAAAAUUAUACUAAAAUGAGAUGAAAACUCGAUCACACGGACCGUCAUUUUUAGUAUUUCUUAGCAAUCUAGC